UACUAGACGAAGGAAAUUGGCGGUUGCUGUAACUGCGUUCCCAAGAUCGCCAUGUACCGGCAAGGCUUCCGGCCUCCCACCCCGCCGUCUUCGGGUGCCUCUGGAGGAGCUUCUCCACAAGGUUACCAAAGCCCUCGCCACAGGUCGCCUUACGGAUCCCGCUCGCGGCCGUAUGACAUUUCUCCUCGUUCUCCCCGCUUCCAACCGUGCGGGGAUGGUGGAGGCUGGUUUGGAGGCUCGGCUGCGGCGCACACACCCCGUAGGCCCCACAGUACCAGCCCUAGGUACCUGGCUCCCUACAGUGGCGGCAGGUCCCCCGGAGGAGCGUUUCACCACCAGCAGCUCUUCAAGCAGCCGCCUUCGGGGGGCUACCAGAGAUACAACCAGGGAUCACCCCGAAUAUCGACUCCAUUUGGUACACCCCAUGGGAAAGAGAAAACACUGUCCAAUGAUGAUGUGGAGAAUUAUUAUAAAUCUUCAAUGCUUGAGGACCCAUGGGCAGGCCUAGAACCUGUGUCUGUUACUGAUGUUAACCAACAAUUCAACCUUGAACAAGCAACACAUUGUGGUAGAAAAGGAAGAUAUUUCAGCUAAAGAACUUACAAGUUAAAUAAUGUUUGUGAGAUACUGAUAUGUUUGUGAGAUACUGAUAUGUUUGUGAGAAACUGAAAUAAAAUUGCCUUUCUUAAGAUGAUCAUUA